AUGAAGCUCGCCUGCGCUUGUGUGUCUGUGCUCGCUACACUCACCCUCGCCUCUGCAUGGAAGGUACCGGGACACCAGUUUCCUUCCGUCAUCAGUAAAGGCCAACCGAAAGGCGAGAUCAAGAAUAUCGGUGGAAUCGAGAUCUAUCACGCGUAUCCAGACCACCGCAGCAGGACGAACAGCAGCAACGCGAUCCUGUUCGUGACUGACAUCUUUGGAGUUCCGCUCCUGGAAAACAAAUUGCUUGCGGACUCUUUUGCUCGCGCAGGGUACCUUACCGUCAUUCCCGAUCUAUUUAAUGGCGACGCGAUUCCCGGUAAUAUUCCUGAAGGUCAACUCAAUCUGACUGCGUGGUUCCCCAACCACCAACCCCAAAACGUCGAGCCUAUCAUCGAGAAGACGAUCGAAUAUCUACGCGGCAACCUCGGCAUUAAGACUAUCGGGGCUGUCGGAUAUUGCUUUGGAGGAAGAUAUGUAUCUCGCUUCUUGGCCGAAGGCAAGGGUGUUGAUGUCGGCUUUAUUGCGCAUCCGAGUGUGCUCUCCAAUGCAGAAAUCGCUACUAUCGUGAAUCCAAUCAGUAUCGCGGGUGGUGAGCUCGACAGAACCUACAACAUUACGCAGCGUUACGACGCUGAGGUUCUUCUCACUGGCAACAACAUUACCUAUGAACAGACACUAUACUCGGGCGCCCCCCACGGUUUUGGGGUUAGGGUCAACGCCAACAUCCCCAAGCAGAAGUAUGCGAAGCAGUCGGCAUAUAUUCAAGCUUUGAAAUGGUUUGAGUCAUGGCUCUAG